AUGGCCAUCGACAUUGUUCUAAUGACGGAGCGGGACAUCCCCGCCGCCGUAAAGUGCGUGCAGACGGCAUUUGCCGAGGAUCCGUAUUUCUGUUGGUUGUUUACAGCGUCACGGUACAACAUCGACCGCAACGCCGCCUCUCUAACCGCGCACUUCCAAUACGGCCUCAACUGCAACGCCCCAAUGUACAUUGCGCUCCAGCAAUCCAGCACGCCCGACAAACCCGCCCGCAUCGUCGGCGUCAGCUGGUGGUUCCCGCCCCCGCCCGCCGCCUCCACCUGGACAACCUUGGCGCAAGACUGGCUGCUGUCCGCGCGCCAGCUCGUCUUCAACAUCCGGUUUGGCGGCCGCGGCGGGCUCAACCUACGCCGCUACCGGCUGUGGAAGGCGCUGCAGCGGGAUGCGCACGCGAAGCUGUGGACGGACCCGCGGGGGUACUACUUCUGCAAUGUGUUGGCGGUGGAUGAGGCUGCGCGCGGGAUGGGCGUCGGACGGAAACUGGUGGAGGUGGUGACGCGCAGGGCGGAUCAGGAGGGUCGGCCGUGCUAUCUGGAGAGUUCGCGCGGGAUGCCGAAUUUGGUAAUUUAUGGGCGAUUGGGGUUUGAGGUUUUUGGGGAGGUGGAUUGUGUGGAUGGGGAGGAUGUGUCUCUAUUGCAUGGUGAGGCAGCCGAAGGUGAAGGCUUAGCUGGGGAGAAGAUCAUGACUUAUGACUUUACGUGA